AUGUUUCUUCGAAGCCUGGUACAGGCAUCGGCCAUCCUGUCGUUCCUCUCCACACCCACCACCGCCCAAAAUGCAUGCAACAACUCCCCAUCUCUAUGCUCAAGAGCAUACAACAAUAUCACCUACCUGGGCGCUCACGACUCGCCCUUCCUCCGGAACCAAGACACAUCUUUCUCUACCUCGGGCAACCACUACUACAACACGACGCAGCAGCUCAACUCGGGCGUCCGCAUGCUAAGCGCCCAAGUCCACAAAACCAACGACACCGGUACCGAAGCCUGGCACCUGUGCCACUCCAGCUGCAGCCUCCUUGACGCCGGCACGCUGUCCACCUGGCUCACCGAGAUAAAAACCUGGAUGGACGCCAACACAAACGACGUCGUCACCAUCCUACUCGUCAACUCGGACAACGCGCCCCCCUCCGACCUCGCAGAACACUUCACCUCCUCGGGCAUCGACAAACUCGCCUACACGCCCCCCUCCAUCACCAGCGCCCCACAGACCUGGCCGACCCUCGACAACCUCAUCAGCAACGGCACGCGGCUCAUGACAUUCAUCGCCACCCUCCCGCAACCCUCCCCUCAAUUCCCCUACCUAAUGGACGAAUUCACCUUCAUGUUCGAAAACGACUUUGAAAACGUCUCGCCCACAAACUACUCGUGUAACCCUUCGCGCCCCACGAAUCUGCGGAAUCAGCCCGCCGCCGCCCUCGAGAGCCGCCGCAUGUUCCUAAUGAACCACUUCUUGUACGACCAGCAGACGUUUGGCAUUCAGAUUACAAACGCCACGUAUGCGAAUGUCACGAAUGCGCAGACGGGACUGGGUAGUAUGGGCACGCAGAUCAAGAACUGUACGGGGGUUUAUGGCAAGCCGCCGACGUUUGUCAUGGCGGAUUUCACGAAUAUGGGGCCUGCGAUUGAUAGUGUGGAUGCGGCGAAUGGCGUCGCGAGUCCCGUGGGGAGGCAAGGGUUGCCGGCGGUCGCGCUGACGCAGGAGAGUAGUGGUGUGGAUAGACAGAGCGGAAAUUUGUUUGCGGUGGUUGUCGCGCUGGUUGUGGCUGUUGGGUUUGCAUCGUAA